AUGUCGUUCUUAUUGAAUAUGAUCUAUGGCAAAUUCACCACAAUACCACCGCAAGAGCAAGAUUGCACAGGCAAAGUAAUCAUCAUCACUGGCGGAAACGGCGGUAUUGCUCUCGAGGCAGCGCGACACUUUACCCAAUUCAACGCUGCCAGAGUAAUCCUCGCAUGUCGCAGUCUUGGAAAGGGUGAACACGCAAAGAAAGAUAUUGAAGAGACAACAGGAAAACAAAAUGUCGUCGAGGUCUGGCAUCUAGAUCUUGCAUCGCAUGACAGUGUUCGCGAGUUUGCAGAUCGGGUCAAUAAGUUAGAUCGAGUAGAUGUCUUGAUCAACAAUGCAGGUCUUCUUGUCUUUAGGCGUGAGGUUAUCGAGGGUCAUGAGUCCAUGCUGAGCAUCAAUGUCAUCUCGACGGCCCUACUUACGCUUCUUGUUCUCCCUGCUUUAAGACAGACGUCAACCAGGUUCAACAUUAUCCCACAUAUUGUGAUUGUGUCUUCUGACGCUGCAUUUGAGGGUGGCCUUCCUGUAAAAGAGCCAAACAUCAUCCAAGCUCUUGAUGAGCAACCAAGUGUCCUUGAACACUACAGCAAAACAAAGCUCGUUCAACUCAUAUUCAUGACCCAGCUCGCCAAAGCUAUUGAAGCAUCUGGAAAAGGCUAUAUCAUUGUCAACGGCGUGCAUCCCGGCUUCUGUAGCACACCACUCUUCGAUAACACUCCCUGGCCAUUCAAUCUUAUAUUCAAAGGCCUCCUUGCACUUUUUGGACGAACUCCAGAGGUGGGAUCCCGUGCUUUACUGGCUGGAGCGUUUGUAGACGAAAGUUUGAACGGAAAAUUUAUGUCUAAUGGCGCUUUUCAUGAACUGCCCAAGAUUAUGCAGGGAGAUGAAGGAGAGAAGAUGUGUAGAAGGGUCUGGGAGGAGUUGGGUGGGAUUUUGGAGGAGAUUGAACCUGAAACGGGCGCACUUUCUGAAGGAUCACCUUAUGGACGCGAUCCAAAGCUCCUUUGUUCAUCGAUCCAUCUCGCGACCAACCGUUUAACCAUCGAUUCGAAUAUCCAUUCCAUUCCCUUCGCCAUGGACUCUCGCGCAGCAGCCGCAGAAGCGAUGCGCUCGGCCAUAGAAUAUUGGUCUCAAUUUGUCGCACGCUCUAUUUCUCAACGUCUCGAUACGGAGAAGUUUGAGAAUUAUGUUCGACUCGUCCAUGAUCAACACCCUCUCCCUCCCGCCCUCGUCGCCGAUUUCUUCCUUCGCCCCCAACCAUCAAAUGAUAAUAGUCUCGACCCUCGAAUCCCUCCAUAUUUACAAGUGCUCACAAGACUCGGCUACGUCGAUGCGCCAUCAAUACUAAAAGCGUUGUACAAAUACUCGUCCUUACAUGCGUAUGCACAACAACCGAACGCCAAUGAGGGCAAGGAAAACGAAAAGGAGAAUGAAAAAGGCGAUGAUAAAGAGAAGGAUGAAAAGAAACAGAAGAUUACUCGUUGGAAGAGCUCUUACUGGGCUGAAGAGGUGCUUUUCUACGGGAUUACCAAAUCCGUAGUAGAAGGCAAAGCCAUACGAGAUUCAAAAACGGCAUUGGAUAUGACAAGGAUCAUUUCCAAAUUGAUGGUCCUUUUCACGACUGCAUUUGCGGCCGAUAUGAUUGAGCAAUUGCACACAGCCCAGGUACGGGAUGAAAUGGAGUCGUCGAGAGCAGCUCUGGUCGCACUCCUACUACGGAUGUGCGAGAAUGACAUCCUCGUCGGAGCUGUGAGCAAACCAAUUGCCAAAGACGUUCGGAAAGAAAUGUCUGCUAGCUUGGCAAGCUUUGUGCCAACGUUACAGCUCGUGCCGCAAAUAACAGACAAGCUCGAGCAGUUCCGAACGGACAUCCUUGCCAGCUCUGAUCCCGCCGAUAAGAAGAAGCAAGCUACUAAUGCUGCUAUGGACGAGCUUCUUGAUUCAGCUGUUGGCCUGGACAAUUUUGUUGUGGCAGAUAUUCCAGUCAGCAACACUCGGGCAGGACUGUAUAUCUAUCUAAACGCUGCGCUUAUUGCACGCCCUCUUUUGGAUGACCAUGCUUUGUUUUCGUACAUGAGCAAUAAGUAUCAAGGGGACAUCCAAUCAAGUGCUAUCGACCUAAUUCUCGCAUCUUUUGAUAUCUUGGCCAACGCGGUUUUCCGCAAUGAGGGACAGAAAGACGCCCACCUUCUAAGAUCAUUCUUGAUCAACAAAGUCCCUAUACUUCUCUAUCAACUGUUACCCCCUGGCUUCCCUGGCACAUCGGCUGAAUUCUGUAUUACAGAGGCACUAAGUCACGUAGACACAAGCCUGUUUCCUACAGCAUCACUCAUGUUUGACGAGUCUCGAAACAAUAAUCCUUAUACUGAAAGUAUCAGAGAAGAGUUUUGCGCCGCGUGUGUGCUGCAUGGUCUUGUGCAAAGAGAGCACGUGGAGAGGAUUUUGGGAGAAAUAUCGCUUUCCUAUGAACCAUCUUUACAGAAGCAUUCCAAAGAUAAGCUUGUGCAAGACUGUUUGUCUGAUACGGAAAAGAUUCAGGGGCUCGUUCGGGAACUCGACAAGAUGGACGGCAAUGUCGGUGCAGUUUGUCAGGCACUUGUUGAGUCACUAGACGUCAUUCUUCUGUUUGAGAAGCUUCCGAACAUCCUUGAACCCCUGUGUCAGCUUCUUGAUAACUGGCGUUACGAAGAUGACCAAGAAGAGUAUCAGCCUGUGUACGAGGAGUUUGGUGCCGUUCUACUGCUUGUUUUGGCUUUCACCUACCGAUAUAACCUAAACGCAGUGGAAAUUGGCAUCGCCAGCCCUGACUCUUGGGUCGCUAAGAUUAUUGGCAGGGGACAUAUUGGAAGGCAAUGCAAUGAGCUCACUCAAAGGGAAAACGACCACCUAAACGGGUGGAUCCAUGGACUUUUCGAUACUGAGGCCGGUGGUCUCGGUGAUGAGUUGAUGUCAUCUUGUCCCCCGCAAGAGUUUUAUCUUGUCGUGGCACCUCUAUUCCAGAGCAUUGUCGUUGCAUACACGCAUGGCUAUCUCAACGACGAAAGCCUCAAAGGAGGCAUAGAAUACCUGGUGGAUACCUUCUUAUUGCCAUCUCUUGUCCCGGCGAUCCGAUUCCUGGCAGACUAUCUCUGGAUCGACCAAAAAGAACAAAAGUCCAUCAUCAAGAUUCUGCAACUCAUCCUCCUCCCAAGCUCCAUCUCGGGAGAAGCAAGCUCAAUGCUGUCAUCCGUCAAAAAUCUCAUUGCAAAGCCUUUGGAGCAUGCAUUACGAACAUACCAACGUCGGGAUCCCAACAAUCAAGAUAUUGAACCUCUUUUGCGUACUCUCAAGGAUAGUAUCCCCUUGUCACGUCGGACAGGAGGAACCGACCUCAAUGAGCUUGAGUCUUGGACUAUUACACCUCCUACUGGUCUCUCUAGUGCCAUAAAACUUACUAUCCAAGGUCUUGUCCACUGGAGCAUUCAUCCCGCUAUGAACAGUAUGCCGACGUCUUAUACCCAUCGUCAAAUCUUGGCUGCUCUGAAGAUAAUGGGCCCCAAACGAGUAUUGCACGUCAUCUUGGAGGAGAUUCGACAACACACAGAGGCUGGAAGUGCCAGUAUUGUCUACGACGUGGCUAUCGCGUUGAUCUGUGCACCUGAUGCUGCGAAAGAUGCCCCUACAGUUGUCGAUGCAAACGGAAAUAUGCUUCCACCGGUCCAGCGUCAGCGGAGUCUUCGUGACCUUCUCAAAGUCGAAGCUGAAGGAUGUAGGAAACUCCAGAAGAAGGACCCAGCACUCGCUGAGAUCGUUGUACGUCUACAUCGUCGUGUCGAAGCACAGAUGAUCAUCCCUCAGCCUCCAGGAAUGCUUCAAACUGCGGAGAUGUCUCUUAACCUCGAUGGUGACACCGCUGCACUUGGAGAUGCCAUGGCUGCUGCAGCUUCAGGUGUUCAGGGUGACAAUAUGUCAGUUGAUAACUUGACUCUUGAUGUCAGUAUGGGUGGUGUACCAUCUGAUCUGGGACUUGGAUCUGCCAACGACGGAGGCAGCUUGGAUCCUUCAGGGGAUGCUGCCAUGUUUGAAGGAUUCGAUACUCAGGAUAUGGAUAACUUUGAUUGGGAUGACAUUAGUAACUCGUUUCAGUAA